GUGCCGCAGCUGUGGCAGCGCAGCGACGUCAUGCAAGCAGCACACCUCCCUUGGGAUUUAUUGGCCUGGGGAAGAUUGGAAGCGGCAUGGUCAUCAAUUUGAUCAAGGGUGGAGAGUCGCUCAUCGUCUUUGACCCGAGCUCCGCAGCCGCGAAGGCAGUCGAAGGCGAGGCUGCAAAAGCCGUGGCAAGCAUUGCUGAGGUGGCUCAUGACGCUCGGGUGGUGUUCUCGGCGUUGCCCGAUGACAACGUCCUGCAGGCCGUGUCCUCGGAGCUUCUCCCCAAACUGGCAGCCAGAGGUGAUCGUCCGAUCCAUGUCUCUUGCUCCACGGUAUCACCGAGCAUUUCGCGAGCUCUAUCUGAGGCACAUGCCGAGAAAGAGGUGGGUUUCGUUUCCGCGCCGGUCUUUGCCCGUCCUGACGGGAUGCGUCGCGGGGAAGCAACAUUUCCGGUGAGUGGACCAGACUGGGCCAAAGAAACUGUCGUCCCCUUGCUCAAGAAGACAGCCUUGGGCGUUCAUGACUUUGGCGAGGACGCCGGUGCGGCAAACGUGGUCAAGCUGGGCGGAAACUUCCUCAUUGCUGCUGCCAUCCAGUCCAUGGCAGAGGCUUCCGCCCUGGCAGAGAGCUAUGAUGUAGAUCGUGAGAAAUUCAUCUCCCUCAUGUCAUCUACCAUAUUUGAUUGCUUGAUCUACAAAGGUUAUGGUCACCGCGUAGCUGCACGUGAUCAUCAUCCUUACCCUGACGCCCAUUUUGCGUUAGACUUGGGCAGCAAGGACGUCUCCCUUGUGCACAGCGCAGCUGCGCAGGCCCGCUGUCCAAUGCCAGUCGCGUCGCUGCUGCGGGAUCGCUUUGUUGCGUCGCAGAACUCGGGAAGAGGCAAGCUCGACUGGUCAGCUGUGGCUUUGAAAGCUUCAGAGGAAGCUGGCAGCAAGCAGGUUGCGGAGGCCAUCACACGUCUUGAGAACGGCCGCUCCAGCUAG